GACAUGAGCUACGACACCGCCAAAGAGGUAAAUUAAAGCUUCUUGUACGCCACAAAAACAUCCAUCCGAUUAUCCUACACUUGUUGUAUACUGUUGCAAAAUUCUGCAAGAGAAGCUUCAUUUGAUUUCGUCGUACAGGACAUGAUCCGAUAAAAUUGAAACCAUACAGAGUGCUAAAAUUAAUUAGAAGAUGCGGAGCAUGGCGAGUUCAGUCUCAUCCAAAGGCAUUGCUGCCAUUGUUGGUGUGGGCCCAAAACUCGGCCGUUCAAUCGCCCGCAAGUUCGCCCACGAAGGCUAUACCGUUGCUAUCCUUGCCCGUGACUUAGGUAGAUUAUCAAGAUUUGCUGAUGAGAUAGCUAGAGAAGAGAAAGCGCAGGUGUUUGCAAUCCGUAUCGAUUGUUCAGAUUCUCGAAGCAUAAGAGAGGCAUUCGAGGGAGUUCUAUCACUUGGCUUUGUGGAAGUGUUGGUUUACAAUGCACACCAACCAACAUCUUGGCACCCAACAAACUUCACAGACAUUAAAGUUGAACAAUUUCAGAAAUCUCUCGCUGUCUCCUCCGUCGGCGCCUUUCACUGCGCUCAACAGGUACUUCUAGGUAUGGUGGAAAGAGGAAGAGGGACAAUUCUUUUCACCGGUUGUUCAGCUUCUCUUAGUGGUAUAGCCGGUUAUUCUGAAUUAUGCUGUGGAAAGUUUGCAAUGAGAGGCCUAUCCCAAUGUCUGGCAAAGGAGUUUCAACCUCUUGGAGUACACGUGGCGCAUGUCAUCAUUCACGGUAUCGUCGGCGCACCCGCCCGGGGGGCAAUAGCGUCAAGUUCGCAACAGAGGUUGUUGGUUGGGGAACAAGAGCAGCAACAAACCGGAGAGGUGUUAAUGGACCCAAAUGGGCUGGCCCAGACCUACUGGCAUUUGCAUAUCCAAGAUCGAUCUGCUUGGACCCAAGAGAUUGAUCUCCACCCCUCCAACCAAUCAUACAUCUAAAGAUCAAAUCAAUAGUGUUAUUAAUUUUAGAGGUGUGAAAUUAAAUUAUCCUCUAUUUUUACUACCUUUUAUUAACUACAAAAAGGGCAUGAUAUGUGUUUUAUAGACAUUUUUUUUUUAUUAUAAGAGUGUGAGUGAUUUAUUGUGAAAUUUAGUUAAUUUGGAUUGGCAGUGUAAUAAGAAUAGUUAUUGGAUUUUACUUGUAUGCAUUAAUAAUUUUUAUUUUUUUGG